UUUCUUUGGCACUUUCUCACCUUUUUUCCAACACAUACACAGAGAGUCAGAGAUAUUUUGGCAUGCGUGCUUUCCGUCUCGAACCCUAGUCCCAAUUUCACCAAAAUUCAAACCCCAGAUUUCUUCCCCCGAUUUCCCCUUUUUCUUUGUCAAGAUUCCGAUUAUAAACACUUUAUUUCUAUUAAUUUUCAAUUAAUGCUAGAUUUCAAGGUUCCGGAAAUGAUGCUUUCUUAGCUGAAGAAGAUCAAGAGGACUGCGACAGAGAGAAAGGUAGUACUGAUGGUGGUAAAUUCAAUUAGGGUUAGGGUUCAUUGCAUGGGUUGUGGUAUCUGCAAAUGUCGGAGUUGCGGGCCGGAGUUCGUCUAGGCCUUUGUGGUUCGCCGACAGUAGUUCCACCGGUUUUGCCGCCAGCAGCGGCUGGGGAAGGAAAGGAAAUAGUAGAAAAGAAGGCGAGGAAGGGGAAAGUAGAAGGAGAGGCGGCAGGUGUUGGGUUUGCUGGGAAGUAUAUUAAAACUCGUGCUGCGAAAGCUAAAGCAGCGGCGGAAGCGGCGGGGAAGGUAGCUGAGGUAGAGGAGGAGUUAAAGGUGGUGAAAAGGGUAAGAAAGGGAAAAGCUAAGGCGGAUAACAAGGAAAAGGAAAAGGUAAAGGAGGAGGAGGAAGAAGAAGCGGCGGUGGUGGUUGAGGAAAAGGUCAAAAAGAUGGGGGAUGAAAGUGGGGGUAUGAGUGCUAAAGGGAGUGCUGGACUAGAAGAUGAUGCUUCUCUUGCAUCUUUUCCUGAUAAGGUGCAAGUUGGAGGCUCACCCAUGUAUAAGGUUGAGAGGAAAUUAGGUAAAGGUGGCUUUGGACAGGUAUUUUUGGGUCGUCGUGUUUCUGGUGGAGAGCGGACAACAGGUCCUGGAGCUGUGGAGGUAGCUCUGAAAUUUGAGCAUAGAAAUAGCAAAGGCUGCAGCUAUGGUCCUCCAUAUGAGUGGCAGGUUUACAACACUCUUGGAGGUAGCCAUGGAGUGCCUAAAGUACACUAUAAAGGAAAACAAGGAGACUACUAUGUAAUGGUCAUGGACAUGUUAGGGCCCAGCUUGUGGGAUGUUUGGAACUCCUCAGGGCAGUCGAUGUCUGGGGAAAUGGUUGCUUGCAUUGCAGUUGAAUCCUUGUCAAUAUUGGAGAAGCUGCAUGCAAAAGGGUAUGUGCAUGGGGAUGUAAAGCCUGAGAACUUUUUGCUCGGCCAGCCAUCAACACCUCAAGAAAAGAAGUUGUUUCUUGUAGAUUUAGGAUUAGCAACUAAGUGGAGAGACAGCACCAGGGGGCAACAUGUUGAAUAUGAUCAACGUCCUGACAUAUUCAGAGGGACUGUCCGCUAUGCUAGUGUGCAUGCUCACUUAGGAAGGACUGCUAGUAGAAGGGAUGAUUUAGAAUCGCUUGCAUAUACGCUUAUUUUUCUCCACAGAGGCAGGUUGCCAUGGCAAGGUUUUCAGGGUGAUAACAAAUCAUUCCAGGUGGCUAAGAAAAAGAUGGCAACAGCUCCUGAAGCGCUAUGUUGCUUUUGCCCUGCCCCUCUCAGAGAAUUUCUUGAAACUGUUGUUAACUUGAAAUUUGACGAAGAGCCAAAGUAUUCAAAGUUAAUAUCUAUUUUUGAGGGUAUGAUUGCUGCCGAUCCUGCAACCCGACCAUUAAAUACAGAUGGUGCUCAAAAGAUUAUCCAAAUCGGCCAAAAGCGACCCAGAUUGAAUCUUGAUGAGGAUGAAGAGGAACAGCCGAGGAAGAAAGUUCGUAUGGGAGUCCCAGCAUCACAAUGGGUUUCAAUUUACAAUGCUAGGAAGCCUAUGAAACAGAGGUACCAUUAUAAUGUAUCGGAUGCAAGAUUAGCGCAACAUGUAGAAAGAGGGGUAGAAGAUGGGUUGUAUAUAAGUUCUGUGGCAUCAUGUUCCAACUUGUGGGCUAUUAUUAUGGAUGCUGGGACUAAUUUUACAAGCCAAGUUUUUGAGAUAUCACCUUUUUUCUUGCACAAGGAGUGGAUUAUGGACCAGUGGGACAAGAACUACUAUAUCAGCUGUCUUGCUGGUGCAACCAAUGGAAGUUCGUUAGUGGUAAUGUCAAAAGGCACCAUGUAUAACCAACAAUCUUACAAAGUAAGUGAUUCCUUUCCAUUCAAGUGGAUUAACAAGAAGUGGAAGGAAGGGUUUCACGUGACAUCUAUGGCUACUGCUGGUACUCGGUGGGCUGUGGUCAUGUCCCGAAACUCUGGCUUCAGUGAUCAGGUUGUGGAGCUUGAUUUUCUUUAUCCCAGUGAGGGCAUUCAUAAACGGUGGGAUAGUGGUUACCGAAUUACAGCCACUGCUGCUACCUGGGAUCAAGCUGCUCUUAUCUUGAGUGUGCCUCGGCGCAAACUGCUUGAUGAGACUCAGGAAACUCUAAGAACAUCUCAGUUCCCAAGCACCCAUGUUAAGGAAAAAUGGGCAAAGAACCUCUAUCUUGCUUCCCUGUGCUAUGGGCGGACUGUGUGUUGAUUCUGAGCAUGAACCAGGAAGUCUGUAGUUAAUUGUGAGGAUCCAGCGGAGAAGAUUGAAUUAUGUUUGGACAUUUGUCCAGAUUUUUUCCUCAUUUCUUGCCCUUGAUAUUUGAUAACAAAGUUGCUCUGGGAUUAGAUGCCUCGGAAGAAUCCAUGGCCUAAUGUAAAGAUUGUUCUUGUGGAAAUAUAUACUUGAUGGUGAUUGUAGAGGUGCC